UCUCCAGUCUCCCGGUUCCCACCGGCCACCACACCAGCCGGCUCCCGCAAACCAGAGCACGGCAGCGCGCUGGCUGCUGCACCCGCCCAAGUCCUCCGCCAUUACUCCGAUUCCCCUCCUCGGCUUCUCCUCCUUCCCCGGCAAUUAAUGCCGCCAACAACCCGAUCCAUCCUCCGCCCCCUCGGAAACCUAAGCCCCCGCAAACAAAUACCCUCUUCCCAUUCUGCCCCUCCCCCGCGCAUCAUGCCAUUCCGCCCCACGAUCACACCCCCGCCGCCGCCGCCGCCGCCGCCGACCACCACCACGUGGGAGGGAGCGAGGGAGCCAUGUCCCUCCUUGACUCGCUCGCCUCGCUCGGUCUCGGGUACGCAAUCGCCAUCGCGCUCGGCUUCCUCGUCCUCCUCGCCUCGGUGCUCCUCGCCUCCUACUUCUGCCUCCGCCGCGGCGGCGCCGGCGACUUGUUCGGCCCCGGAGUCGGCGUUGGCGUCGGCUCCGCCCGCCACGCCGCCUCCUCCGCGUCCAGCUCCGGCCACAUCUCCAUCACCGUGCCCCGCGUCGUGUUCGUGGCGGAGGACUACGACUCGCCGGGCUCCUCCUCCCGCGGCGCCGCCGCCGCGGCGUCCCCCGUCGGGCUCGACCCCUCCGUCAUCGCGUCGUACCCGAGGGUGCCCUUCUCCAAGGCCGGGGCGGGCGCGGGCGCGGACGCCGAGGUCGCCUGCUCCAUCUGCCUCUGCGAGUACAGGGAGGGCGAGAUGCUGCGGGUGAUGCCCGAGUGCAGGCACAGGUUCCACCUCACGUGCCUCGACGCGUGGCUGCGCCGGAGCGCGUCCUGCCCCGUCUGCCGUUCCUCGCCCAUCCCCACCCCCGUCGCCACCCCGCUCUCCACACCACUCUCGGAGCUUGUUCCGCUGUCGCAGUAUGCUGCCGACCGUCGCCGGAGCAGGUGACGGAGGUUUGGGUGGUUAAUCGGUGAUGCUUAGUGCAUUUGGACUGUUCGGUUAGAGCUACCAUAACUAGGAGAAAAGUUUUGCUUGAUAGCAGUACAUUAUUGGACCGAGGAAGACAUGCAGUGUACAUACAUUGUUCUUCUGUUCUAAGAUAGCGUCUAUCAAGUGAGAUUACCUGUGGUCUUAUAGUUGUAUGCGCAAGAUCGUUCUCUGAAUCAAUCAUCUUAUUCCAUUCAUGACUUAUAUUGCAGUGUACAUCCUUGUUUGUUGGCUAUCUUAUUUUGGUAGCAAGAAUGUGAAAGAAGAACCUGCUAGUUCUCCUGAAAUGUAGAAGUAUUACCGUGCUAGCAUCUAAAUGGAAAAUCUAUAUUGUAAGGGAAGGAAGAACAUUCUUAAGAUAAUUCUUACUAGUUAUUAAGAUA